GUGGCAGGGAGAGGCAGACGUGGCACCAGCGCCUCGAUGUAAACAUGUCCUCGGUGGCGGCAGACGACGCAGGGGAAACUGACCCCCUCAAUAAUACCAAAAAUGCCGAGCCCUCUCGCACUUGCAAGAUUGUCAUCGUGGGGGCGGGCGUGGCGGGCCUGUCUGCCGCCAACCACCUCCUCAAGAACAACAUCACAGACUUCGUUAUGCUGGAGGGCAGGAACAGAGUCGGUGGGAGAAUUAUCGCCAUAAACAUUGAUGGUCGAAGAAUGGAGCUUGGUGCCAACUGGAUCCAUGGGAUUCUUGGUAACCCAAUCUAUGAGCUGGCCUCGGCCAAUGGCCUUGUUGACAUCAUCCAAGAGAACAAACCUCACAGCGUAGUGGGCACACUUCCGGAUGGCAGGCGGGUUCCCUUCCAUAUCCUACAGGAGAUCUAUGAUGCUUAUUUCUGGUUCUUCCGACGCUGUGAGGAGUACUUUCUGUGCAAGUACCUGCCUCCUGAUGGCGUGGAAAGUGUUGGUGCACACCUGCGGCUGGAGAUCUCCAUCUACCUGGAGCAGUUCCCAGAGCCAGAGCGACACAUCAGGAACCUUAUCUUCAACUACCUCCUUAACCGUGAGACUUGCAUCAGUGGCUGUAACACCAUGGAUGAAAUUGAUUUGAUGGAAAUUGGUAGCUACACAGAGCUGCCAGGUGGCAAUAUAGUACUGCCAGGGGGCUACAGCAGCAUCCUGGGACCCCUCACAAAGAAUAUCCCAGAUUCACAGUUGCUUAAGGGCCAUGCUGUAAGCUGCAUCAGGUGGAGGGCUGGUCUGGAGAGCUGCAGCACCACAGACUCAGGCCUUGGAGAGGACCUGGCUGCCAAGCUUCCAGCCACGACAGAUAACCAUUUGCCAGACUGCCGGAAUGGCACCACCUCUCUCUCCACUUCUCCCUCCAGGAAGAUGCGUCCCAAAGUGGAGGUGAUAUGCAAGAAUGGCAAAAAGUUCCUGGCCGACCAUGUGAUCUGCACGGUGCCCCUCGGGGUGCUGAAGGAGACUGGCAGGACCAUGUUUGACCCACCACUGCCUGACUACAAGAUGGACUCCAUUGACCGGUUGUGCUUUGGUGUGGUGAACAAGAUUUACCUGGAGUAUGAGCGACCGUUCUUGAACCCUGGCCUGUCUGAGGUGCUGUGUCUGUGGGACCCAGUAGACCCUAAGGAACCCGUGAGUGAGCGGUGGUUCAAGAAGAUCUACUCCUUCAGCAAGGUGUCGGAGACGCUGCUGCUGGCCUGGAUCUCUGGGGAAGAGGCCAAGUACAUGGAAACGCUACCUUUCGAUGCAGUCUCUGAAAAAUGCACCGAGAUCCUCCGCAUGUUCCUCAACGAUCCCUUCAUACCAAAACCAAAACGUUGCAUCAACACCACCUGGUGGUCACAGCCCUUCACCCGAGGCUCUUACACUGCCAUUGGUAUUGGGGCCUCACAGGUGGACAUAACCAACAUCUCUCAUCCCCUGUACAUGCAGCCCACCUGUAGUAAGCCAGCAGUCCUGUUUGCUGGUGAACACUGCCACCCCAGCUUCUAUUCCACUGUGCAUGGAGCGUACCUAUCCGGGCGGGAGGCUGCCCAGGUGCUGUGUGUGCCGGACACCCCGCCGGAAGUAGUGCUGGACGUGGAGGGCACUGCUGAUCUCUCGUCCUGGCUGGAGGGCAUCAAGCUGAACUAAGACUUUCAAUGUGGCGUAAAGGUUGGUAGUGAUGCUUUGUGUCUGCCAAAAGUUUGGAAGUGAUGCUUAUUUGUACAGAAAGAUUGUCAGACACUGAGGCUGAGCAAGUUGGUAGUGAUGCUUCAUAUCUACAAAAGGUUGGUAGCACUGGCUCUCAGUUGAAGGUCAGUCGUACAUAACUGAAUGGUUGGCAGUGUUUUUCUACAUGGAUGUCGGCCUCUAAACUCCUUCACAUGUCUGUCUUUUCAUCACCUUAAAUUUUUGUGUCAAUUUGGCAUAGAGAAUAUGACCAACCUAUGAAUAUGGACUAUUCACCAUGUGUCACUUUUGAAAAUGACAGGUGUAUAAAUUGUAAGAAUGUAAUUGUGUAAAUAAGUAACUUAAUACUUACAAUAAUUACUACGUGAACAUGUGUAUCAAUUUUAUCAUAUAAGUUAUUUAUUUUGUAUACUGUAUUGAUAGGAAGAAAAGUUAAUGCCAGAUGUUGAUCAUACUGGCAAAGAAAAUUUCAGUGUUAUUUAAGAAAUAAGAACGUGAUAUGGUUUUAUAAUUAUUGCUCAAUGAAUUUUAUAAGAGGUCAUGGGUUAUCAUUUGAGAUAUUCAAAGUUCACCUUACAGUAUUUAUUUCACUUGAUGGUUGAAAUGGAUGGGUGUCAUAUGGUGAAGAGAAUAGAUUGCAGAGAGAUGCACUGGAUACAGAGUUGCUCAUUGAGGUGGUUUGCACUCUUUGUACAUGUAAAAAGUAACACGGACAUUGUGAAGAGUGUGUACAUGAGUAGUACUAAAGAGGAAACUAUGAUAGGGAAACCACCACUGAAGUUAAUAGAAUGGAUAAUAAUUGGAAGGGGAAGAGGCUUUAACCUUUCAGUGAAAGAGUGAAGGAACAAUAAGUGAUUUCCUUGGUAGCCACUUCCCUGAGGGAAUCACUCGGUGAGACAAGGUAGUGGAGACAUACAUUGGCUGUUGGGUGAAGUAUUAGGAAAAUACUAAAGUUUCUUAUCAUGAAGUGAAGUAUUCUCUGAAAUUUUUUUUUUUUUAUGUAAACUACAUAGUUGUGCUUUAACUUCAUCUUUUUAUUUGCUGUCUAGCCUUUGCUGGCUAAUCAAUUUUAAAACAAUGAAUGCCCACAGUGCUCUUUCUUAGUUCAACAAUAAGUUUUGAACAUGAAAAAUUGAAGUGCAAUGAAUAGAGUAUUGACAUGUGGAAUCCAUUGUUGUUGUUUUGUUGAUCGCCUUCCAUAUUCUUAAGAUGCACUGAAGGCAAGCCAUCGACUAGUGAUAGGAAGUGUUGCGCCAUAGUCAUGCAGUCUUUCUUUAAUUAUAAUGUGGGAGUUGAUGGAUGGGAGUGUGGCAGGCUGAGGUCCAGUGCAGCCUAUGUCCCUUGUUGCUGGCAGGAACCAGGACCAUCGUUGCUGUGGUAAAGACCACUGUUGCCACAAGUGAUGUUAUUAUGAUUUGUCAUGAAAUAUAGAAAUUUGACCUUAUUCAUCAGUUUUGGGUCUUUAUCAUUAUGAGUACAAGGUUAAUGAUGGUAUGAAAUAUGCACUGAACACUUUUGUAAGGUUUAUUAUAAGUGCCUGUAUUGAAAUAUGGCUCUGCUAGGCAUGUGAUCGUAACAAAAAAUACAAAAAUUCCUUCAAAUAAUGGGCUCAUGGGGACAAAAGUUAGAUAAAUUCAGUGAUUUUAAAUAAACAUCAAAGCAACCUAACUUAAGAUAACUGAGCACAUGUGUCUGUGUAUGGCAUGGCAGAUCAAAUAUGUAAUCAGUGAGAUGAAUUGAUAUCCUUGUGAGUGAAAGGAUUCAUCCAAUACUUAAUUAACUCACUUUGGGAAAGGUUGGAAGGACUAGACCCUCACUGAGCCUGGUGAAAGUUGAGGUUCUUGCUUAUCAUGUUUGGAAAGGCAGUAAAAAAUUUCCCUGCAAUGCAAAAAAACUCCUCUCUUCUUCUAGUCUUUAGUACAGGUAUUGAUGAGUGAAAUUAGGGUUGUACUGGUGAGACUACAAUUAUGCGGCCUGUUGUACUCUUCACUGGUGGCCUGACUCCCUUGCAGCAAGUGUAGUGUGGUUUGAUGUACAGGAGUUCCUUUUAGAUAGAUUCACCUUGAAAUAUUCAUCAAACGUAACACGGUAUUUUUUACUCAUCAUUCAGCAUCAUCAGUGCUAAGAAGGGGCACAUGAGUUUUUGUUUCCACCAUAGCAAGGGAUUGAUGCCACGAGUAAUGAAGUCAAAGCAUAUACAUCUGUGUCUUACUUGGGCUCUUUAUUCUCAACACCCAACUCAGUGAACCAUUCAGCUGUGUGAUCCUCCUCUAGUCGGGUUCGUCAAACUAUACAAUACUUAACAUGUACUGAAGCUUUCUGGAAAGUGUUUUAAAGUAACCUGCUUGUAAAUAUGGCUGCAGUAGUUUUUUUUUUCUUUUUUUUCUAUAUUAAUGGUGUGCCUGCCAGCUCUCUUGCCAUACAUACAUAUAUAGGUAUGUUUAAGGUGAAUAGUCUCCCCCAAAAUGUAGAUAUAAGGUGUAAUACUCGAAAUAUUACUUUUAUUUCAUUAUGACCAUUGCAUUCCUGUAUAUUUAGUAGGUCACUAAAGGGAGUACCUCUUGUUUACUGGCUGUGAUGCUCUACAGACUCCUCAUUGGCAUUAUCUGUGUUAUUCUGUUGUGAUUCUCAGCAAGUGGCAGUGUACAGUAUAACAUCACUCUGAAACACAUUUUUAAAGCAUCAGCAUGAAUUCAUGAGGUAACCAGUUCAUAUAGUCCAAGAAUAUAACAGAAGACAGAGAAAAUAAUGCCAUUUGUUAAGGAUGUCCUGUUCAGCACAGAGUAGUCCUUGUUUAAAUAUCAGUACACAUGAUAUCACUAUGAACAAAGUCCGUCAGUCUGAAGUUCAGAACCAGUGGCUCAGGUUUGGGUAACAGUUUGCACAACAAAUCACACAAAUGACAGUAGAGUGAUUUUAAACAAGGACUCAGUCUGUAUACAAGCAGAGUUUGUGUGUGCCUGUAUGUCUGCCUGCUUGGGGUGAUGUUCCGCUGAAGGCUCCAGUGUGGGGCGGGUUCAGUAAGGGAUUUGGUGCCACCCCUCAAUACUCUAGUGUUUGCAGCUUUAAUCAUUGUCAUUAGCUUGGUUUUCCAAAUGUCGGCUGAGAAUUUUCUCUGCAGAAUGGAUUCAGAUUUAUUAUAAGGAUGUGUAUGUGGAGGUGUUUUUCAGUCUUUGUUUGUAGGAGAGAAUUGAGUGAAUGAAGUAAAAGUUGGUGCCGUAUUGUAGGGAUUCACUUGGCAGCAUUUCACUUGUGGAUGAUAACUAUGCAUGUGUAAAUGAUAUUUCUGAUUGGAAUAGCCUGCAGUUUUUCAUGGGUGUGUCUGAGAGUGAAUACUACAACUUUCCAUGUAGGACUUACUUUGGAGAGUAUUUUUCUAUAUCCCACUUUAGUACCUUCUAGUGUAGAUAGUAAGAUGUAAUGAGUAGUGCAGCAGGACUGAGGCAGUGCAUGGGACAACAAAUAGUGAUAUUUUAAGCUGAAUAUCACUUUGCAUUUACUUGAGUGGUAAAGAGAUCAAUUUUAGCAGUAAGUGAAUGGUAAAGGAUUAACUUAAGCAGUAAAAGUGUGCAUUUUGGACUCAUUAUGAUAUUUCUAGUGUAUAACAUAUCAGAAUUCCAAAGUAUAUGAAACACCUGAUAUACUUGAAGCACACUAUGGCUACAGAUGCCACUAACAAAAUUUUAAGAUAUUUUGGCCUGUAUAUAUACCAGACAUCUUGAGAGUAACACUAGUACCGUAGUGGCCAGACGCACUUAUACGGAGACACAUCGAGACCAAGGAAGAGUCAUAACUAAUUGAUUUUCUUACCAUAUUUGUGAAGUUAAAGUAUAAGUCUUAGAAAAUUAACUAGUACGUAUUCUUGUUUGGAAAGGGGCUUGCAAUAAUGGAAGAGCUUUCAAUACCCUUUCUACUUCUAGUUUUGAUUAGAGUAUAAUUAACUUAGUAGCUUGCAUGCUGACUUUCUUAUCUUACUUUUAUGUUAUAUCUAGUCACAAGUGUAUCUAUCUAUGUAUAUUGCAUUUAAGAUCUCAUUUUAGUCCCACAUACAUCAACUACACACACACACACACACACACACACACACACACACACACACACACACACACACACACACACACACACACACACACACACACUCCACAGUUUUUGCAGUAGUGCCUGUGGGAGCUGUAAUGAUGUCAUGUGCUGUAAAAUACAAAUAAUUCAAAGUCCAGCCAAAGCUUUAGGUUCCUGUCUGCGUAGAUCAGGUAUCAGCGACUCUCUUGUUUUAUUGUACUCAAACAAGUCUUUACUUUGUGUUUGACAUUAGUAGUAAGGAAAAGGAAAGUGAAGUCUGUAUUGUGACAUUUUGUAUUUUAUGGUGCACUUGUACGAAUCAUCUUUUCAACCAUUUCUGUAUUUCCUAUGUAUGGUAAGGUCUCGUGAAUGUAUAUACCGUAUAUAAUAGUAAAUAUAUAUAUAAAUAUAUAUAUAUGAAAAGACAUAGUAUAUACUACUAUAAGGUUUAGUAAAUAUAGUAUGCACAACUUUCCUACAGGGAAUAUUUCUAAUGGGUUUUUGCAAUUAACGAAAUGUUUCUAAACACGCAAGGAAUGUCCAUUGUGCAUCUGCUCAUUGUCUGAAUUUUUUAAAUAAAUAAAUUCCUUUGAGAUUAAGA